AUGGCGCCCACAGGUAACUCCAAACCUCGACCGAUCGUAGUUUCUGGUCCCUCCGGCUCCGGCAAAUCCACCCUCAUCAAGCGUCUGCGCGCUGCCUAUCCCGAUCGCUUCGCGCUUUCCGUUUCCCACACCACACGCGACCCACGAGCCGGCGAGGAACAUGGCAAGGACUACUGGUAUGUGUCCAAGGACGAGUUCAAGAAGAAAGUCGACGAGAACGGCUUCAUCGAGCAUGCUCAGUUUGGCAGCAACUUCUAUGGAACGAGUGUACAGGCUGUGAAGGAUGUGGCCGAGCAGGGAAGAACCUGUAUUUUGGAUAUUGAAAUGGAGGGCGUGAAGCAAGUCAAGAAGACCGACUUGAACGCACGAUACCUCUUCCUGCAGCCACCUUCAGUCGAGAUCCUGGAGAAGCGACUGCGAGGUCGAGCGACCGACAAGGAAGAAGCAAUCCAGCAGCGCUUGACUCAAGCUGCAGUCGAAAUUGAGUAUUCCAAGACUCCAGGCGUGCAUGACCAGAUCAUUGUCAAUGACGACCUUGAAAAGGCCUGGAAGGAGUUCGAGGCAUUCUGCGUGCCGGAAUCAGCCUCUUCAUCAUGAGCAGCGCUACGCUACAGCUAGUAGACUCCAGGCAGAUGAUACAGAAUAUUAUCUCUCGACAACAGACGGAGCGAUUAGAUGACUACGAAAGGCUGUCUUCCUGCUUCCGAUACUGAAGAUCCAUGAUCCCGACGAUGCGUUUACUCGCUCCUGCUCCCAUAUACAUUUAUGUCGAGUCACCAGACACACACAAACUCCUAUACAAUUUGG